AUGCCUAACAAGGUCGCGUACUUCGACAUCAGCAUCGGCGGUGAGGCCGCCGGCCGCAUCGAGUUCGAGCUCUUCGAUGACAUUGUGCCCAAGACCACGGCCAACUUUGAGCACCUCUGCAUUGGCGACAAGACGAACGACAAGGGCACCAAGCUCACCUAUGUCGGUUCGGUCUUCCACCGCUGCAUCAAGGGCUUUAUGCUUCAGGGUGGAGACGAGUUCACCCGCGGCGACGGUACCGGCGGCGAGUCGAUCUACGGCGAGAAAUUCGCGGACGAGAACUUCCAGCUCAAGCACGACGAGCCGAUGCUGCUGUCCAUGGCGAACGCGGGCCCAAACACGAACGGCUCGCAGUUCUUCAUCACGACUGUCCGCACUCCCCACCUGGACGGUAAGCACGUCAUCUUCGGCCGUGUGCGCAACAACCGCGGGCUCGUCCGCCGCAUCGAGCACCUCCCGACUUCCGCGGACCGCCCAGAUGAGGAGGUGAAGAUCAUCGGUGCAGGCGUCCUCGACGAGGCUGAGGUGGAGAAGGAGGAUGCGGCGCGUGCGCGUGCCGCCGAGGCCGCGGUCAGCGGUAGUGAGGACGUCUUCGAGGACUACCCCGCGGACGAGGAGAAGAUCGACCCUGAGGAUGCUGAGCAGGCCCUCAAGGUUGGGCAGACUCUGCGUGCGCUCGGCAACGCCGCGUUCAAGGCGGGCGACAACACUGUCGCACUCGCCAAGUACCAGAAGGCGCUGCGGUAUCUGGACGUACACCCCGAGCUGCCGAAUGACGCGUCUCCCGAGCUCGUCGCCGCUUUCCGCAGCACGCGCUUCCCGUGCCUCACGAACGGGAGCCUCGUCGCUCUCAAGGUGAGCCCGCCGCAGCCCAAGCUCGCCAAGGUGCUCGCCAACCACGCUCUCAUGAUCGACGGCCUUACUCCCGCCGAGAGGGGCAAAGCGCUGUACCGCCGCGGCGUGGCUUGCAUCGCUCUGAAGGACUGGGACAGCGCUGAGCGCGACCUCGCCGAGGCUAUCAAGCUCGUCCCAGGUGACGGCGGCGUAACAAAGGCCCUCACCCAGGUGCGUGCGCACCAGAAGGCCGCCCUCGACAAGCAGCGCGCUGCGUACUCGAAGAUGUUCGGGUAA